AUGAUGAUCACAGAGUACGGCGCGGAUGCCUAUGACAACAGCAACCAGCGAGAGUGGCAGAAUGACGAGCAGAAAGAUGCCUUGGAGUCUUUGGCUUUGGAGCUUCGAAACUGGCGGGAUGUGGUUUCAGGAGGUAUUAUCUUUGCUUUUCAGGAUGAAUGGUGGAAGUGUGGAUCGCCCAGUGAUCACGACAGCUGCGGUUCGGCCUUCGGAGGUUUGCCCGAUGGCUACGCCAACGAGGAGUGGUGGGGUAUCUAUUCAACAGCAGCAGGCACAAAUCCGCAGGCUCGCACAGCGCGUGGCGCGGUAGCACCGCUGACGGCCUUCUUCGGAGCGGACGUGUUCCAAGGCUCCAGUACUGUGAGUGCCGAGGCAGAUCUGUACGCGACCAAGUACGACCCUGGACACAACGUCGGGGCUGUGGAUGAGAUUGUGACAAAGUAUCACAGUUGGACGCCGGGAUCUGGACCUGAUUCCCAUUCUAUCUACAAUGAAGUGGGCUUGAUUCGCUUCCCUGCUCUGUCGCUCUCGCAAUGCACGGACGCCAGUGUGAAUAUCCUUUUGACGGUGAAAUGGAUAUCGACUUCUUCUGUGGUGCUUGCCUAUGGGCCAGUCACAGACAACACCUGGGGAGAACUUACAACGACUUGGAGCAGCUUUCCCAGCUUUGAGCCGUUGACGCGUCGCACGCUGACGGUGACGUCGGCGGAGACCAACCUACAGGUGACGUUGGAUGUGACGGACUGGUGGAGCCUGAACUCUGCGCUGUCCAUUUGGAUACAGCCCGACGACACGGUUGCGGCAAACAGCGAUCAGAAUCUGAACUUCUUCUCGCGCGAGGCCAGCGAAUGGGCGCAACCUGAACUCACCGUCAGCUGCAGCUAUUCCUGGGCCGCGGACAAUUGGAAGCUUUGA